AUGAAGGUCUCCUCCCUGGCCCUGCUGUCCCUCUUCUUGUGGACCACGUCGGCCUCCGCCGCUGCUACUGUCUACCUCAUCCGCCAUGGAGAGAAGCCCUCCAACGGCAGCACCGGGCUGAGCGCCCAGGGUGAGCAGCGCGCGCAGUGUCUGCGGAACGUGUUUGGCGCCAAGUCAUCAUAUGACAUUGGCUAUAUCAUGGCGCAGACGCCCAAGUCUGAUGGCAAACAGGACCGUCCCUACGAGACCGUCGAACCUCUGGCUCAGGACCUCGGCCUGAAGAUCGACACUUCGUGUGACCGCGACGAUCCGAAAUGCGUCAAAAAAGUCGUCGACAACUACUCUGGGCCGGGAAAUAUCCUCAUCUGCUGGGAGCAUGAUGCCCUGACGGAUAUUGUUAAGAAACUGGGUGACAAGAAUCCGCCAAGUUAUCCUUCUGAUCGGCCUGCAUUGGGAGGCCAGUUUUCUGGGACCAGAUGUAUAGGCGUAACUACAGCCAACCCAUGCUCAGGGCCUCUCUAUCCAACUAACUACAGUGCUGUUAGGAUGAGAAAUGACCUUCUCUCAAGGGAGGAAUCAUCCUCAGAACCAUACUACCAAUAG